ACCAUUCAUUGGUUUGAAGAAAAGACCUAAAAGGAAGACAUUCCUUGCCAAAUGCCACGUUUCCACAAGGCGUGUCUUUUUUUAGCAUUAACAGGAUGCCAGAAAGUGACAUUACAGCAAUAGAAUUUCAUGAAGACAAAGAGAUAAAAACAGAGAAAAGGACUUUUAUGAGACAUCAUCAUGAAGACAUAUCCGUGUGUUUUCCCCAUGUUUCUCUGCAUUUCUCUGAUCUUGACACACUGGGACACAAGUUCAGCUUGCCACAUAGGCUCUCAUGAUGAAUGUGAACAAGCCCCAUUUGUGCCUGGUUACAACCUGGCAGGUGAAGGCUUUGAUGUUGUCAGGAUGCGCCGUAAAGGUGCCUUUUUGAUCAAUGUGACAUCAUACAUGGUCAGCGGCACUUGUACAGUCUGCAAGAACCGCUUUCAGGGAGGGCAGAUGCAGAAACUUCCCUCGGUUGUGAGGGACUGGCGUUCCUUCAGCCGUUGUAGCAAUCAGCUUUCUAGUGCUCUUCAUCAUUCUGUUGACUCCCUAAUGAAGAGUUCAUUGUCACUCAUCAAUAAAUGGGAAAUUGACCUUAGCCUGGAUGACAUAGGAAGGGCAAUUUUGGGAGGAAGCCAUUCAGAUAUUGCUAAAUUUGCCAAAUCUCAGAAUGCAAUGGAUAAAGCAACAUUUACCCUCCAUGAGCUCAGCUGCACAUAUUACAGUUACAGAGUUACAGACCACCCAGAGCUCAGCACUGAUUUCUCAAAACACCUCCAGCGACUUCCGACACAAUAUGAUGAGGAAACAAAACCCCUUUACCGAAGAACUAUAGAUACUUACGGCACUCACUACAUACGUCAAGUCCAUCUGGGAGGGCGAGUGAGGCGAGUCACGGCUUUUCGAACUUGUCUUGCAACCCUGAAGGGCUUCUCAGAGACUGAUAUCAAGAACUGCCUGAACAUUGAAUUAAAGAUGAUUUUGGGAUUCCUUCCUGCUAAUGCCUCACUUUCCAACAAAUGCUCUCAAAUUCUUAAAGAUAACAUAGGCAUGGGACUCUACCAGGGUUUCAUGACACACAAGAUAGAGGUGCUGGGAGGUGAGAAAUACUUUCCAGACCUAGUUUUAAACAAAAGCCCAGCUGAAGCAUACUCAAACUGGAUUAUGAGCUUGCAUGACAAUCCUGAUGUUCUAUCAUAUGCAAUUUUCCCACUUCAUCGUCUGGUGGCUGAUCCUGAGGUUAGUGCCAAUCUGAAGACUGCAAUAACAGAGUAUAUAGAAGAAAACAUGCUUUCUGUAGAUCAAAAGGAGAAUCAGGGAUGCUCACAAACACCAAAUCUAGACCACAACUGCUGUCCUAUGCUAGCCGGCCGUGGCACGUUAGUAGUGCUUGUUCUAGGUGCCACAGGAAUGAAUGAAGAUUACUUCUCAGCCACUGAUGGUUUUGUGAAAAUCUGGUACAAUGGUAUAUAUAAGCAGACUGAGGUGGUUAUGAAUGAUAAUAAUCCAGAUUGGGACACCCUUUUUAAUUUUAGAUCAAUUGAGUUUGGUCAUGAACUCAUAUUUGAGGUUUGGGACAGUGAUGUAAAAUAUGAUGAUUUUGUGGGGAGAUGUGUGGUCAGACCUGAACAUGGAACUCAUAUUCACAGAUGUCCGUUACAGAGAGGCAUCUUUUAUUUCGCCUACCAUGCUUUUUGUGAUGCUCACUUGACAGGCCCAUGGUGUAGAAGAUAUUCACCACAAACCUAAGACCUACAUUGCAAGGAAUGUUUCUGCAUAUUACUUUUAAAUAAUUAAAUGUAGUGCAUUUAUGGAAAAUAGGGUUACAUUUGCAAACUCUCACGUUUUUAUUAUUAAUUAGGAUUCCAAGCAGCAAACGUGCUUGAACCCUAUGUGUUUGUAAGGAUUUUCUUAUUAACAGGGGUCAAGUCCUCUCUUUUAAUAGUGUUUUCUUUCUUUUUUUAUUAUUAUUCAUCUUCCACCAUGGAAGUCUAUGGUAGCCCAUAGCUCAUAUUUCAAACCCUCUAGUGCCACAACAGCUCAAAAUGUAACUUUUUAGAAUUAAUACUUUUGAACCAUAAGGGCUAGGAUUAUUUUUUUUGUUUGUUUGUUUAAGUUUAUUUUAAGUUUUUCAAAUUUAAAAAUUAUUCUUCAAAUUCCUUCUAGACCGUUGCUCUUGUCUUCAAAAAAAAAAAAAAAAAAAAAAAAAAAAUUAUAUAUAUAUAUAUAUAUCAUAAAUGACAGACCAUGCUGACAAAUAGUUAUGGAAUUCAAGUAGAUUAUUCUUGAGGCUGUAUCUCCACAAUGCUUUCGUGUAUUGAGACAGAACCUGGUAACUGUCAUCAUAAGCAUGACGUGAUAGUACAUCCAUCACCAAUGCCACCUAGUUGUCAGGAAAUAUGAAAGAAAUUAUAUUUUUUACUCAACUUCUGAGCUGUUUGGCCAAACGCAAUCACAAGAUAACAUUUACAUACAUACAUUUAUAUGCCUGCAGUAUUUACAGGAUUAUUACAAUCCAUUUUAUUGUCAUGUAUCACAAUGCAGUUAAUAAAAAUAAUUGC